AUGUCCGCCCCUGGCCCCUCCACCGUUCCCACCGACCUUCCGAUUUUCGGAUCUGUUAAGGCCAGAACUAGACGACCUGUCAGUACUGAAACCUUACACGGGUUUGGUCACCUAACUCUUGACGGUCCCUCCCACCUCAUGGGUUCCAUCCCCACCCCCUCCAACGAGCUACAUUGGCGAGAAAUGAUCGCAGACGCCUAUCUAGCUACGACUAGCGGAGAGGAAAGCGCCUACAAACACUAUCAAAGUGCGUUAGCCGCUUACAUGUCUUCCCGACCCCCUAUCGAACGAAUGGAAGACAUCAAAAAACUUCUCCACCCUACCUUUCGACUCCGAUUGUUUGACGAGUUAUCUCUGCUGCACACCACAGCGGUUAAGUUAGUCGGGGUAGAGCAAGCCAUACGUUCCCUGGAGAAAAAUAAGUUCGAAAAGAAAUUUCCGACCGUACUGAACCCCGUGGCCAAGGCCAAAGUCCGUACGCAAUUCACCUCCUUGUAUCCCGCCGAAAUGCAACAAUCGGCAAACAACCGGAUUGCUGUUCUACAAUCCGAAAUGGCGAGUAAGCUUCUUGAUGAGAUCAUCACUCAGAAAAGAGGGGAGAAAGCCCACCUUGACGGACUGUUGGCUAGGGAAUCCUAUGAGAAACGUCUUCGUGAUGCUAUCAGCCGGGACUACCAAGCCGCCAAGAUCCGAUAUGGGGAACGCCCCCAGGCUGAGGACGUUGAUAUGUCAGUCGGUGAUCAACCCACAGAGGCGAGAGCCCAGCGGGAUAACGCCGGCGACAUUAAAGCUCCUGAGUUUUUGUCGGUAGAAAGGGAUGCUGCCUUCGGGCUGGCUCCUUUAUUGGCAAUCCGAGUGCUAGAGAUGGCUCGGAUAAAACAAUCCAACAAGGAUUACGUACUUGAGAAGAAAAUUUCUCUCAAGGAACGAACUGUCUUGAAGGUUGGCCAAGAAGCGCCUGAGUCUGAAGAGGCUCGGCUGAAAAGACUUAUUAAGUCGCUUCUGCCUAAAGACAUGGCUAAGCCAAAAAAUCGGUCCAACAAACGCAAGGGAAAAACCGCCCCCAAGGUGAAAGCUCCGGCCAAACCACAGGGAAUAAAAAAGACGCAGAAGGCUCGGAAGCCAUCUACGCCGACUUCGAAGAAGACGACUCAGAAACGGGUCGCAUCCUCCACCGUCGUAAAAGGGCCAGGGAAGAAGGCGAAAGUCUAA